UAAAUUUGGGGAAGAAGAUGUUAAUAAUAAUUUUUAUGAAUCGCAGUAAUUUCUCUAUUUUGUUCCAACUCAAUGAUGCCCUUAUUUGGGACUAUGUUGCACGUAUCAACUUGCUAUCACAAACUUUCUGAAUGUGUCCAACAAAAAUUGUACAGGCCUCUUCCUCCCCUUCAAUCUCAAAUAAAUCAACCCUAUCAACCAGCCCAUCUUCAAGCUCCAAAGACUUCAGCAGCCCCAAAACCCUCUCACCUCCCAACACCUCUCCGAUCCCAUCUUCCCCUCAGUAUGCCACUUCCAAAUCCCCCUAACCCAUAUCCUUCCAGCCCUCCUUCCCAGACUCCACCUUCCCCAACCCCACACAACUCCCUCACCCCCUCCUCACCCCUUCCAAACCCCACAGAACCCACUAAAACUUCUGAAGCCACACAAGAAAUCAAGAAGAGAAGGAGACGGUCUUCACGACUAGAGAUUAGGUCGAAACUUAUUAGAGUGAGAGCAAAGAUAUUGAAGCAAGGGAUUUCUAGGUUUUGUUGUUCGCAGAAGAAGGAUAGAGGGAGGGUUCAUGGGUGUAGUACGAGGAGGUCGAAGUACAUUGGAGUCUCUAAAAACAACACCCAUUGGCAGGCUUUGAUCAAUAUUGGAAGAACCAAAAAGUACAUUGGUAUCUUCCUCUCCGAAACAGACGCUGCUAGAACCUACGAUCUAUACGCAAUCGCCAUAAAAGGUACCAAAGCCCACCUCAACUUCAACUACACUUCUUCAGAAAUGAUUUCCAUGAUAGACCACUUCCUCCAACACAGAGAGGUGAUACCCUUCUAAAUCCCCAACCCCACGAUCACCACUACCAUAAUUUCUCUAAAUCCAUCACCCCAAUUUCAAAAUUCCUGAUUUUCUUCACAAAACUUAAAUCUUCCACUUGAAAAAUCCUUAAUUCCCCACAGUCAUUUCUAAUUCUAACCCCUGCUCAAAAUCCCACUUAAAUCUUCCCAAAACUAAGCCUACACCCUUACAAUUCAGAAACCAUUU